CGUUAGCUUAGCCGUGGCUGCCUUUUCUAUCCCGUGAUGGAGGAUUGUGAACAUGGCGCCCUCCAAAACAAACGACUAGGCGUCUGGCUGCGUUUGGCUUUUUUUGUGACGGCGAAUGGAGCUUCAGGUAGACCCGAAAUACUACUAGUUGUCGCUUUGUUUGUGAGUCUUGUCUGGGUUUGCUGACAAGUUAGCUAGCUUGGGUUUUACCAAUCAACAAGCUAAGUUGAGAUGAAUAAGGAAGUCAUGUCACGUGUGGUGAAGAAGAGGCAGGCGGACCCCAAGGUGGUCCAGUACGUGUGGGCGGCCAUCGAGGUCGUCCGCAACCAGAAACAAAUCGCAAACAUGGACAGGAUCUCCAAUAAAAAAGGAAUCUCUUUCACAACAAGAGGCUGUCCAGUGUCCAGCGGAGCUCAGGUUGUUUUUAGCAACAGGACUUUUAAACACUACUCUCUGAAUCACUUGCAAUCACAGGAGCCGAAAGCCGAGGGAAGCAAGGAGUGGGAGGCCGAGAGCCACGACUGGUACUGCUUCGAGUGUCACCUACCGGGCGACGUCCUCUCAUGUGACAACUGCUUCCGGGUUUACCACCUCAAAUGUCUGGCGGACGAGUUCAAGCCCAGAGACGGAGGGUCCCACUGGCAGUGUGUCGCCUGCAGGGGCAGUAAAAAGAAGAACCUGAACAAACAGGAGAUGAGUAAAUACCUGCGCUUCAUCGUCCAGCGCAUGAAGGAGAGGAACCUGUCUGAAGGAAAGUAUAAAAGCUUCGAGGAGUUCAAAGCAGACGCUCAGCUGAUAGUUCACAACACUUCCAUCUUGUAUGGAGUUCACAGCGACCAGGCGGAGAUCGCACGGCUGCUCUUCAGCGACACAUGCCAUGAGUUAAAUGAGUUGUUGUUGUGUAAGAACUGUUUCUACCUGUCGAACGCCCGGCCAGACAACUGGUUCUGUUACCCCUGUAGCCCCAACCACGACCUGGUGUGGGCCAAGAUGAAAGGAUUUGGCUACUGGCCGGCCAAAGUCCUUCAGAGGGAUGAAAACCAGGUGGACGUACGCUUCUUUGGCCACCAGCACCAGAGAGCGUGGAUCCCCUCGGACAACAUCCAGGACAUCAAGGUGAGCGUCCAGCAGCUGCAGGUAAAGCGCAGCAACGGCUGGAAGAAGGCGUGCGAGGAGCUGGAGGUCUACCAGCGCUUCCUCAGGGAGGGCCGCUUCUGGAAAACAAAGAUGGAGGAAGGCACCAUGCAGUCACACCAGCAACUGCAGCAGAACCUGAACCAGAGCCAGAACCAGAGCCAGAGCCAGAGCCAGAGCCAGAGCCAGAGCCAGCCGCAGCAGCAGGAGGGCAGCGGGAGGACGGACAGGCUGGAGCGGACAGACGAAGCCGAGUCCAGCAUCUCCUCCACCAGCAACGAGCAGGUCCGACAUCUCAAAAGCAGCCUGGAGCCCAAGGCCAAGAAAAGCCGUCGGACUCAAAUAGUCAAACCCAAAGAAGAAGCCAGUUCUGUGCUUCACUGCUCGUCUCUUCACCAGGACCCGGAACCCGAGAUGGAGGCGGUCAGCUCCAGCCAGGAGAUCCCCGUGUCCUCGGCGCCCCAGCAGCCCGAGAAGCUGUCGGUGUCCACGCAGACCAAGAAGGCCAGCGGCGGGUCGCCGCGCACGCUCCACCGCGGCACCCAGACCAGCAGCGACGGCGCCUGCCAGAACAUGUGCCACGAGAAGUACACCAAGGUCUUCAACGACGUCAAGGAGAUGAUGAAGGCCGACAACAAGCGGGAGACGGAGAGGGUUGUCCGAGAGGCUCUGGAGAAGCUCCGCGCCGAGAUGGAGGAGGAGAAGCGCCAGGCGGUGAGCAAGGCGGUGGCCGGAGCUCAGACGGAGAUGGAGCGGAAGUGUAAACAGGUGAAGGAGAAGUGUAAAGAGGAGCUGGUGGAGGAGGUGAAGAAGGUGGUGGGCCAACACAAACAGCUCAUCUCGCAGACCAAGAAAAAGCAGUGGGUGAGUUCUGGGAGAAAAACAACAACAUAAGCUGUCUGUUACUCG